UACAGCAAGAGCAAGAGCAAGAGGUAAACAAACACACGCCUCGGCGGCUGGUGGUGAGUGCGUGGCUUAACCAGUCCCCAAGCGGCCCAAAACAACAACAACAACAACUAGUCCCCUAUAACACUGAACAACAAGAAGAGUGGUGGGCGGCCCGCUGCACGCCAGGCCAGUGACUGAAGGCGUGAACACUAGCGUGACCGAGUCCACACCAUGAAGGGCUCAGACGAGAGGAACUGGAGGCUGCUGGCCCUGCUCUACCGCCAUGGCGGGGACCCCAACGUGCUGAAGAACGUGGUGCCGGAGUGGGGCCCGGAGAGGCUGGAGCACUUCCUGAGGUGCCAGCGACUCACCUCUCAAAGGAGAACAUGCCGAAGUGUCUACCCCAAAAUGACGCCAUGGAGGGGCCUGGGCUCAAAAAACAGUGUUGGUAUUCUGAGCCAGGUGGAGCAAAACAGGGGCGCCACAGUGAAUGAGACCCCGAGGGCCAUGCAGUUCCUCUCACAAUGGCAGGCACACAUCCACAAUGUCCAGAGGGUCCAGGGCACCACCAUAAAGAAGAAGAAGAAGGGACGCUACUCGAAGGACUUCUGCCCGGCGGAUCACGGGCCCCUCCUGAGCAAGGCGAUGCUCAUCAUUUCACAAGAGGAGGAACACCCCAAGCCUUCCUCCAGCUCCGAGCCUGACUACAGCGAAAUAUAUAGAUACCUCUCUCAGCUGUUGGCGGGACAGGAGCCAACCCAGCUGAGCCAGGGCAGCGCUGCAAAGGUUUUGGAGGUGAUGGAGAAGGUGCAGCUGCUGGCAAGCCACAGCCUGGACCUGAAAAAACUGUACCACCACUUGAGCCAAAACAUGGCCUCGUACCUCCAGCCCUGGAGUAAGAAGGGAGCAGACUCCUCUCCCAGCACCUUACCACAGGGGGAGAGUUCCAGCACCUUGCCACAGGGGGAGAGUUCCAGCUCCUUACCACAGGGGAAGAGUUCCAGCACAUUACCACCAGGGGAGAGUUCCAACACCUCACCACAGGGGGAGAGUUCCAGCACCUUACUACAGGGGGAGAGUUCCAGCACCUUGCCACAGGGGGAAAGUUCCAGCACCUCACCACAGGGGGAAAGUUCCAGUGCCUCAUCACAGGGGAGAGUUCCAGCUGAGAUGGAUGAGUGCCCACUGUUUCUCGAGGUGGAGGACCAGUUGAGGACCAGCUCCAAGGACCUGGCGGGCCACGACCCCCGCUGUGAGAAGGUGAAAGAGAGACUCACAGAGAAGUGCCAGAAGAAGCAGGAAGCAAGGAGCCUCCGCAUCUCAGAGCUGCCCGGCCUCAACCCCUUCAUGCUGCCACCUCGCCUGCUGCACAAACCCGUGGGCGAUGCCGUGAGUGCCCUGCUGGAGCAGUCAUUCCCUGAGAGUCUGGCAGGCACACGCAGAGAAGCAGCAGCACCCCAGAGCAAGGUUGUCCUACAUAGAGAGCCUGAUGAAAGGAAGAAGAGGCAAGCUGAUUGCAAGUAUCCUAGACGGCAGCAGCAUCUUAAGAGUGUGCCAAGCAAUCCAGGAACACUGCAGGGAGUGGGAACAGAAGCCCUGGGCCCUGAUUCACUAAAGAGUUACGACGUUCAAGUGAGAGAGGCUGUGAGGAAGUUGAAGGUUGUAAAGGCAGCUGUGGUCUGUAAUAUCAAUGCAGAAGUGUUGAAAGCUGUGGGAGCCAUGGUGCAGCUGAAGGUUGUAAAGGCAGCUGGGGUCUGUAAUAUCAAUGCAGAAGUGUUGAAAGCUGUGGGAGCCAUGAUGAAGCUGAAGGUUGUAAAGGCAGCUGGGGUCUGUAAUAUCAAUGCAGAAGUGUUGAAAGCUGUGGGAGCCAUGAUGAAGCUGAAGGUUGUAAAGGCAGCUGGGGUCUGUAAUAUCAAUGCAGAAGUGUUGAAAGCUGUGGGAGCCAUGAUGAAGCUGAAGGGUGUAAAGGCAGCUGUGGUCUGUAAUAUCAAUGCAGAAGUGUUGAAAGCUGUGGGAGCCAUGAUGAAGCUGAAGGGUGUAAAGGCAGCUGGGGUCUGUAAUAUCAAUGCAGAAGUGUUGAAAGUCGGGGUGAAGUCAUGA